AUGGGCAAUUGUAUCGAUCGCCAACGAGCAGUUACGUGGGUCGACGACUACGACGACUACGACGAAGACUGCGUCUCCGAGGAGUCGACAAGCUCAAAAGAUGACUAUAGCAUCGAUACGAACAGCGGGAAGAAUGCUUUCUCGGCGUCGACGGAGCUGAAGCUCAAAAUCACGAAGAAGCAGCUGGAGAAAUUGCUGAAGCGAAUAGACGGAAGGGAUUUGACAGUGCAGGAAGUGCUGGCAAAUCUAAUGAGUCAUCACGAGGAUCCUGAUCGACACUGGAAGCCUGCGCUGCAGAGCAUACCGGAGGUGUCGGAAUAG